AUGGGCCGUCGCGUGGCGAUACACAGGGCCGACGUCCUCGCCGCUCGGCGCUUGGAGCGCGACUGGGGAACGGCGGCGCCCAGCCGUCUCGGCCAGGUGAUGCCGCCCCUCGCAAACCCGCCCCCGGCGUAUCAUCCCUCGGAUGUCGCGGACGAUACGCACUAUAAAGUUGAUCCGUCAAACAAACGGAACUACGCG